AUGGCUAAGGGUUUCAAGCUCCGGAUAUCCCGAUUCAUCCCAUCCUUCCGUUCUUGCCGUUCUAAAGACCCAUCCACUCUCCCGUCAAAUCCAGUCCCUUCAGUCCUCCAGUUCUCUUUGGUCACCCCUAACCCCAUCACUCUCCAUUAUCCAAAACCAACCCCCAAAACACGCCACUCCUCUUUCAAACGCCACGUUUCCUCCGCCAUCACAUGCAUAGCAUGCGGCUGCACCUCAAGAUCCAGCUCAAAGAACCUCUGUUUAACCGACUACUCUGAAUCUCCACUGACACCAGAGUUUCACUGGGAAAAAGAAGACAACUUUCACGUGGUGGCCAAAAUCUUUGACGAAACCCCUCGCCAGAAAAUCUACAACUCCUCAGCCUCAGCCUCCGGUCACACGUCAUGUGAUGACGAGGUUUUGUUGCCUCCUCCCCCACCACCAAACACGGAGAAGAAAAAACGACGUGGUAGAAAGAAGAAAAGGACACCGCCAAAGACCCGCAUCAGCACAUCUUCGGCUGAUACCGAGUUAUUUAGCAGUGAAAGUUAUGAUGACGUCGACUAUGUAGACAAUGAAGAAACUGAAACAUUAGUUUCCUCUUCUAGAAGCUUAUCCACUGAUUAUUCUUCUUCAGAGUUCUAUCCCAAACUUGAAACCAUACGAGAAAUACCAUUCAACAGGCCUGUAAGCACCCGUAAGAAGAAGAGGGUCAAGAAGGUAAAACGGUCGGUUUUGAAGACAAGCCAAGUGAUAAAUAAAAAGGGUAAUUUUUCUUCUCCGGAAAUUGAAUCUCCAGCGAGGUUGUCCAUGUUCCUACAGAGGCUGAUACCAUGUACUGUUGAUGGGAAAGUGAGAGAGAGCUUUGCUGUUGUGAAGAAAUCUGAGGAUCCGUACGAGGAUUUCAAAGGAUCCAUGUUGGAGAUGAUUUUGGAGAAGCAAAUGUUUGAAGAGCAAGAGUUGGAGCAACUCUUGCAUUGCUUUUUGUCCUUGAAUUCCAGGCAGCAUCAUAGGGUUAUUGUGGAAGCUUUCACUGAGAUAUGGGAAGCUAUGUUUUACCGCAGAUCAGGUAGUUUCAGAGUUUCUAGGGGUCUUUGAAGUAAACCAGUAGUUAACAAAAAAGAAUCACUUUGGUUUAUGUUAACUUUGUUAAUUAACCUUCUCUUUAAUGUAUCAAUGUAGUUUAA